UACUGUGAGAGCUGUGAUUGGUCACAGCUUGUCACAUGGUACAAGGCUGUUGUGAAUGGCCCUGUACCAUGUGACCUCUGUAAUCAUUCACGGAUUUCACUAGUAGUAAGCAAUGAUGUCAGAAGUGACAUCUUGCUUACUAAUAUUCAUAUGAAGUAUGCUUAGUAUCCCAAGUCUGCGCCGUCAUUCGCUGCCUCGGCUGUCAAUCACCGGUUCCCAGCCGGUGAUUACUUGCUGGCACUCGGUGAUCACUGAGUAUUACCGACGGGGGAGAGACCUGUGUAUAAACAACACAGAUCUCUCCCCUGUCAGCUCCUGCACACUGCUUUGU